AUGGACGGAAAUUCGUCAUCGGAGGAGGAGAUGGAAGCCGAGGAAUUGGAUGAUUUCGCGAAUGAGAUUAUAAACGGACCGAGCGCUAAACGGGACAGCGCGACUGCUUAUAGCAGAGCUGGUUCUUCUAGCGGAGCGAAAGCCGGGUUCUUUUCGUAUUCUUCUGCUGUUGCGAGUCGCGUUACGACGCACGUCAGGCGGCUUAGUCAGGUGCGAUUCGGCGGAGGUAAGGAUCGGGAGGGGGAAUCCGAGGCCACAUCAGCUUCCGCCGGAGCCACGUCAGCGGCUUCGACGUCCGCAACUGCCGUUUCUCAGUCAAACUCCGGGGCGAGCAAUCUAUCCCGGAUUUUCCGCCGCGUUUUCCGGCGGCCAAUCGGCGCAUCCGGCUCCUCGGCUUCCGCUCACGAGAUCGAGCUCCCCCCACUUCCUUCCGACAUUCCCCCGCAAAUCAACGGCGGAUACGCGUCCCUGGACGAUCCGACGGCUGAGAGCGCGCCGAUCGCGUAUCUGACGGACGAUCUGCUCUUGGAGUGCCUGGCGCGGGCGGACCGGCGCGCUUUGGGGGCGAUGCAGCGUGUGUGUCGCACGUGGCGCGGAAUCAUUCGCACGGACGCGUUCCGCGAAUACCGGGAAGCGUUAGGACGGAUGGAAAAUCACUUAGUGGUGAUUAGUAAGGGACAGACCGCGCACUCGAAGGUUCUAAUUCAGACAUACAAUCCGAAGUUAAAUUCCUGGUCGUGGGUGGUGUUUCCUAACGAAGCGUUAUCUAUAGAUGAUUUCUCCCAGUGUUGUGCUGUAUCGAAUCGGAUUUUCCUGUUCGGAGGCAUACUCGCUAAAGGCCGCCCCCCUUUAGUGUACGACGCGUGGACGAACUCUCUCUCCCCUGCUCCGCCGCUGCAAAUUCCCCGGUUCAAAUUCGUUUGCGGGCAGUGGAAGGGAAAAAUAUUCGUUGCGGGCGGCGUUCGGCAGCAGCCAUUGGAGGAAGGCGAGGAGAAGAAGGACCUCCGGGCAGCUGAAGUUUUCAUUCCAGAGGGGCAAGGGCGAAUGAUAGAAGAAGAAGAGGGGGCGAACGUGGGGGGGAAAGGAGAGAGGGAGGCGGAGGCAGGGGCAGGGGAAGACAUAGGGGAGUGGGAGAGAAGAAGGCGGAGAAAAAGAGGGGGUUAUUGGGAAUUAACCCCUGAAAUGAACAGGGUGCGAGUCGGGGCAGUAGGGGGAUGUGUAGGGGGGAGAUUGCACGUGAUUGGUGGAAGCAGGAGCAGUCUUCAAUUCAGGUCCGGAGCUGAGGCGCUAAGUUUGGAGGUUUUCCACCCCAGGGCCCGAACCUGGGAGGUCCGGGAGCCGAUUCCGAAGCUGGGGGUCGUGCUAGACUCGGCAGUCCUUGGUCGCUACAUUUUCAUUCUCAGGUGCAUUGAAUCUGGACAGAUUUCGUUCGUGCGGUAUGACACCCGCGGGAACGAGUGGAAGGACAUGCACAGCAUGCCUUACGUCCCCCCCGCCGACCCCAUGGUACUUAGCAAAGUGUCAUUUAAGUGUGUUGCCACGCGAACCAGGGUGCUGGUGGUGCAAGUACGAGGCACGUGUGAAGACAUGGGUAUUCCUUCUUUUGCUGCCAGUGAGCGUGAGGGGAGAAGGGGAGGGGAGGGACGGCGAGGUGGGGGAGAGGGGGCGAGGGGUGGGGGAAGAAGAGGCGAAAGAGGGGCGGGAGAGGCCGGAGAGACGGCAGGAGUGGCGGCAGGAGAGGGUGGGGGGGAAGAGGCAGGAGGGGCAGCAGACGAGACGACAAGAGAGGUAGCAGCAGAAGGAGCAGGAGAGGUAAUAGGUGAUGAGACAGAGGGGGCAACAGGAGGGGCGACAGAGGGAGCAGGGAGAGGAGCAGCAGCAGGAGCAGGGGCGGAGGCAGGAGAAGGAGCAGGAGAGGUAGCAGGCGAUGGGGGGGCAACAGGAGGGGCGACAGAGGGAGCAGCAGGGGCGACAGAAGGAGCAGCAGGGGCGGAGGCAGGAGAAGGAGCACCAUGUGGAGCAACAGGAGAGGUAGCAGGCGAUGAGACAGGGGGGGCAGCAGGAGGGGCGGCAGAGGGAGCAGGGAGAGGAGCAGCAGCAGGAGCAGGGGCGGAGGCAGGAGAAGGGGCACCAGGUGGAGCAACAGAAGAGGCAGCAGGCGAGGAGGCAGGAGAGGUAGCAGGAGGCCGGUUUGUGCACGUGCUGAGAGUGAAGCAUACGUUUGGUUUGGUGCGUGGUUAG